UUCCAAUCCUCGAAAGUAGAAAAAUAAAUAAAAAGUAAUACGGUAGUCACCCCAAAUCCCUACAUAUAAUGAAACUGAUUUAGUUUGUUGUUCGAAUUUCAUAGUCCCUGCUGAUGUAACAAAUUUGAAACUCAUUUCAGAAUGGCUGCCUCUGUCUCACCAUUGCUACUCUCAUUCUCUUCUACUACGAACAACACCCAUCUCAAAUUUAAGACUCUAAUUACCCAAAAGAAACAAUCUUUUAUCAAGUCAAACCCAAUCUUGAAAUUUCACACUUGCCAUUACAAUCGCCUCCCGGCAGCUCCCUUCACUGCAAUUGGAGCUCAGUCUUCAAUUGGGUUUGUUGAUUCAACAGAAGACGACGAGAUAUUGUUGCCAUCGUGCGAUGAAAAGCCGGUCAAGUUUCUCUUCUGGGUUGUGUUUUGGGCUUCUGUUUCUCUUGCUUGGUUUGCAGGUUGUAGAGAUGCUAAUGCAGCUCUUGAUUCUAUCAAAGCUUCCAAUUUUGGGUUAAAGAUUGCUAAUUCUCUUCGAGGUUUCGGUUUGCCGGAUGAGGCCGUUGUCUUUGCUCUUGCUACACUUCCGGUGAUUGAGCUUCGCGGCGCCAUUCCCGUUGGUUAUUGGUUGCAACUUAAGCCCAUAACUGUAACAGCUCUAUCUAUUACUGGGAACAUGGUUCCUGUGCCUUUUAUUAUACUUUACUUGAAGAAAUUUGCCUCCUUCGUUGCCGGAACGAAUCAGUCAGCGUCUCGGUUUCUCGACAUGCUGUUUGAGAAUGCCAAGCGUAAGGCUGGCCCUGUUGAAGAGUUUCGGUGGCUUGGUUUGAUGCUUUUCGUAGCUGUUCCUUUCCCUGGUACUGGGGCCUGGACUGGAGCCAUUAUAGCUUCAAUUCUUGAUAUGCCGUUCUGGGAAGCUGUAUCAGCUAAUUUUGUUGGUGUUGUACUGGCUGGACUCCUGGUAAAUUUAUUGGUCAACCUUGGUCUCAAGUAUGCCAUCAUUACUGGUAUCCUCCUCUUCUUGAUAUCCACUUCUAUGUGGAGUAUUCUUCGGAAUAUUAUGAAGUCGUUGAACUCAUCAAGAUGAUAUUCCGUCCGGUGAUUUCUCUAGGAACUGUGAAGUUACGGUUUCUGUUUCGUAAAUCAUGGAUUCUGUCUCCUGAUGGUAGCAUAGAUCGCAGCCUUUGAUGAGCAGGAAGUUGAUUUCACUUAUUAAGCUGUACAAAAUCAACUACAUUGUUCAGUUCUUUCUAGUUUUCAACUGCUCAGAGAGUAAUCUGAUAUUCACAAAUCACAUCUUGGAUAGGGGAGUUGUAGCUUUCAUGAGGUUGUAAUCUGAUGUUAACAUGGGAUUAUAUUUAGAAGAUCAAUAGUUUAUAUUA